AUGUACCACUAUCCCAGCCCCCCGUCCGGGUGGUCUGCGUACGACGGCUACACCCCCCCGUCGCCUCACUACUCCUCCUACUACGGGCCCCCGCCGCCCUCAGCUUCGGCCUCUGCCUCUGCUCAGGCUGCCCAGGCUGCCGCCGCCGCUGCUGCUGCUGCCUUCGCGACCGGCUCCCCCCAUGCCACCCCCCGGUCGAAGAAACACGCCUACCGGGCCAGCUUCUCUGCCGGAUACAGCCAGCAGACGCCGCCGCAGAACUACCAGUACUCGUGGCAGCCCCCUUACGACCGGCCGGAGUACUUUUCCACUCCUCGCAAGCAGCAGCAGCCACACCACGAUCAU